GGUUGAGCUUACGGCGGGCAGACGGGGUUUCAGUCGUUGGAAUAGAAGUCUCUCAAAAUGGCAUAUGACCUGGACUUUGAGACAGGGGAUGCAGGGGCAUCAGCAACCUUUCCCAUGCAGUUCUCUGCCUUGCCCAAGAAUGGCUUUGUGGUGCUCAAAGGCAGGCCCUAUAAGAUAGUUGAGAUGUCCACCUCCAAGACUGGAAAGCAUGGCUGUGCCAAGGUUCAUUUGGUUGGUAUCAAUAUCUUUACUGGGAAGAAAUAUGAAGAUAUCUGCCCUUCAACCCACAACAUGGAUGUGCCCAAUAUCAAGAGAAAUGAUUUCCAGCUGAUUGGGACUCAGGAUGGCUACCUGUCACUGCUCCAAGACAGUGAGGAGGUGAGGGAGGACCUGUGUUUACCUGAAGGUGACCUAGGCAAGGAGAUUGAGCAGAAGUAUGAUUGUGGAGAAGAGAUUCUGAUAACGGUGCUGUCAGCCAUGACAGAGGAAGCAGCUGUUGCAAUCAAGGCCAUGGCAAAGUAACUGGCCCCCAGGGUGGUGGUGGCUACAGGAGUAGCAGCAAUCGGUGCCUGAAGAGGCCUUCCCUCUCCUCCCCAGCCUGGUUUGGCUUUGGCCUUACCCUGGCUGGCCACCUACUCUAUUUCUUUGAUG